AUGGUCGUCACCACGAGCGUGCGCAGGUCCGGCCAGUACUGGUCCAUGGUGUCGAGGAAGGGGUCGAGGUCCGCCCGGAAAAUGUUGCGCAUGUACGCAAGGCCGCGCGCGUCGGUAUCGGCAGGGCGCGCAAUGUGGCUGCGGACGGACGCGACCUCAUUGGCCGCCGGUGAUGGCAGGGCGCUGACGAGCGCGCGAAAGGCGUUGAUGGUGCGCGGGAUGCCAAAGAUGACGCUCGUCUUGAGCAGGGAUUCCUUGAUGCGCCGGAGCACCAGCUGCUGGUGGGCGAUGUCGUCCGGGUCGCUGGAGGCAAUGGCGGCCUUGUACACGUCGCCCACGAAGCCGCCCUGGUUGCAGGCCGCAAAAGCGCAGGCCGUGAUGCAGUACCAUGUCUUGGUGGUGCCUUUGCUGGCUGCUUCAUGCGCCUGCUGCUGCACAAAGGCGCGCGCCCGAGCGGCCAUGUCCGCGUCUGUGGCGUGCUGCAUGGUGGCGACGUCGUGGUGGUUGCGCGUGUGUGUCCGGAAGGAUGGGAGUAUGUUGUGUUGCGUGUAA